GCCCGCCAACAUGAAGACCCCCGGCGAGGUGCUGCGCGAGGGCGAGCUGGAGAAGCGCAGCGACAGCCUCUUCCAGCUGUGGAAGAAGAAGCGCGGCGUGCUCACCCCGGACUGCUUGAGCCUGUUCCCCGCCGGCCCCGGCGCGCGCCCCAAGGAGCUGCGCUUCCACUCCAUCCUCAAGGUGGACUGCGUGGAGCGCACGGGCAAAUACGUCUACUUCACCAUCGUCACCACCGACCGCAAGGAGAUCGACUUCCGCUGCGCGGGCGAGAGCUGCUGGAACGCGGCCAUCACGCUGGCGCUCAUCGACUUCCAGAACCGCCGCGCCCUGCAGGACUUCCGCAGCCGCCAGGAGCGCGCCGCGCCCGCCGCGACCCCCGAGCCCCAGACGGCCCGCGCGCCCUGAGCCCGCCGCGGAGCCACACGCUGGACGAGUCGGACCGGACGCCGGGCAGCACCGGGAGGAGCGCACGGGGUGCCCGGGAUGGCGGGAGCCCCCCCGCUGACCACGGCGAGGACAAGGGGGGGGCCGCGUCCCCGCGGAGCGGGACCUUUCCGUGCGGAGUCGCCGAGCGCCGCCCCGCUGCGCGGGCGCGUUAAAUUAUUGAACUAUCUAUAUAUUUAUUUUGGUUAUUUGUCGUCAAUCAUCUGUCUUAAUAUUUUGUUUUUUCAUCCGUGCCAUUCCGAAUAAAUGACUUGACCUGACCUUUUUCACCAUC